UCGGCCUCUGAUGCCGUCGUCGCCCCCGCGCCGACUGCGCGCGGGCCUGUCCGCUGACGGUUGGGUGGCCUGCCGAAGUCCCUCCUUAGGACCUGCCCACCUCGGAACGGCUCUCGCGGCAGCGACCCAUGUGGGGGUUCAGGCUCCUGCGGUCGCCGCCGCUGCUGCUCUUGCUGCCGCAGAUCAGACUCGGAGUCGCCGCGUUCCGCGCUCAGGCCGGAACCAUGAACUUAGGCGGCACUUGCGGUGCGCGCAGUUCCCCCGCGGCCGAGGGCCGCCGGCAGCAGUGCCUGCAGCUGUCCACUGUGCCGGGGGCCGACCCGCAGCGCAGCAACGAGUUGCUUCUGCUGGCUACGGCGGCGAAGGGGGAGGGAGCGGAAUGGCGGGGCCUCUCUGAGGACCUGGCGAAGGAGGAGCCGCAGCUGUCGCCGCAGCACCACGUUCUCUAUUUCCCCGGGGAUGUGCAGAAUUACCAUGAAAUUAUGACUCGUCAUCCUGAGAAUUAUCAGUGGGAAAACUGGAGUCUAGAAAAUGUUGCCAUCAUUUUAGCCCAGCGGUUCCCCAAUAGUUAUAUUUGGGUGAUAAAGUGUUCCCGAAUGCAUUUGCACAAAUUCAGUUGCUAUGACAAUUUUGUGAAAAGUAAUAUGUUUGGUGCUCCAGAACACAAUACUGACUUUGGAGCUUUUAAGCACCUUUAUACAUUAUUAGUUAAUGCUUUUAACUUAAGUCAGAACAGUUUGCUGUCAAAGAAGAAUGUGAAAGAUUUGAAUAAGGACUCCAAACCAUCUAAUUGUAGAUCCAGUUCUCAUACUGCUAAUGGUUGCCAGGGAGAAAAAGAGAGGACCUGUGAGAAAUUUGAUGAGUCUGCCAUAAGUUUUUAUCCACCAUCACUACAUGGUGCUUCAUUCACUUUGAUUGGUUUCAGUAAAGGUUGUGUUGUUUUAAAUCAGUUACUUUUUGAGUUGAAAGAAGCCAAGAAAGACGAGAACAUAGAUGCUUUUAUCAAAAGCAUAAGAACAAUGUACUGGCUGGAUGGCGGUCAUUCUGGAGGAAGCAAUACUUGGGUUACUUAUCCAGAAGUCUUGAAAGAAUUUGCACAGACGGGGAUUAUUGUUCACACCCAUGUAACACCUUACCAAGUAUGUGAUCCAAUGAGAUCUUGGAUUGGAAAGGAGCACAAGAAAUUUGUUGAGAUACUCGGAGAUUUUGGUAUGCAGGUGACUAGCCAAAUUCAUUUUGCGAAGGACACUCCCUCCAUAGAGAAUCACUUCAGGGUUCAUGAAGUAUUUUGAGCUUACAGGAAUAUGAAUGUAUUUGUUCAGCGGAAGGGCCUAAGCACUUUCUGAGUGUGUUAGUCCAAUAAUGAGAUGUAAUUCAUAGAUGCAUUGUCAGUUUGGGCAGGGGGUAAGUGGGGUGGGGGGAGGAAGUACACAUUCCUACAUGAGUGUAACCUGCAAUAGUAUUCCUUGCUUGUGAAUGUGAAGUGUUUUUGGUAUGGACUGGGUUAGAAGUAGUUCAUCUGAAAUCUAAAAGGUGGUUUGUGAUAAUCCUACGAGGAGAUAUAAGACCCUUAAGGAGAAAAGGUUCAAUGUAGUCCUUACAAAAAAGGUAAUUAAAGUUGUUAUUGUUAGAAAUAGUUUAUUUUCUGAGUAAUGUUUGAAACUAAUUUUGGUGACACUAUAAUACUAAUUAGCUAUUUUGGCACUCAGAACUUUUGAGUGGAAAUACUCCAUUUCAAAGUCACACUGAUGUUUUUUUCAUCAUUUUGGAAUAAGUAUAUCCCACCUCUUUUGUGAACUCCUGGAGUCAUUCUUUAAUGUGUCACCAACUUUUUUCUUGAGUCAAAAUGUAUUUGUUUCCAAAUAUAGAAGUGCAAUGGGGUAAAGUUGUUUUUAAAAAACAUUACACUAACACUGUGGCUUAAUUUUUAAUUGACAAUUUUUGGAUAUGACAUGUUGGGGUUUCUUGAAUCUUAACCAAAAACCAGUUCAGAAAAUUAAAUUGAACAUAAUUAUGUACAUUAGGUAAAAAUACACUACAGAUUUAAGAUCUUUUUAUAAGUCUUCGAAAGAGGUCAACUUAGGUAAAAUAAAUACCUAAUAUUGUAUUUAUUAGUGUUCUGUUGAAAAGGAAACAGAUUCUAUACAUCCAGGUCAUUGUUUUCCAGAAGCAUGAUUUUGUCUGCCAAAAGAAAGCCUUUCUUUGGCCAAAAUGAAAAAUUAUAUGACUAUAAGAAAAUUACCAGAGAAAGUUUGAAGACAAAAACGAUUUGAUUUUGGCUCAGAAUAUGAAUUUGCUUAACACUGCUCUGUAAUUUGAGUGAGGUUUUUUUCUGCCCAUUUUUCUUGACCUAGAUAAAUACAUUUUGAAAAACCAAGACCUAAUGCAUGUCAACCAACAUUAAACAUAGCUGUGUGAUGACAAUAAAGGUGAACACUUUUUUAUUGUUUAUUAUUAAUUAGUUUUUGCAGGUCAUGAAAUAAGCAGGGAAGUAACAUACUGCUUUCAGACUGAAAAAAAGACAUUGAAGCUUAGCAUCUUAAUAACCUAGAGGACCUACGUUUAUAAAGUAGAAUUAAAAUGUUAAUUUCUUGGUUUUCUUCCCAGAAUUAUUUGACCCUAUAAAUACAUCCCAGAUAUUCAGACUUACAAUAAAGGAUUAAUUACCAAAUGCUUAAAAA